GCGGAUUCUCUCAAGUCCCAGUACAAAACAUUUUCUCUCACUACAAGUACUAACUCACAGCCACAAUCAAUCUUCAACUUCAACUCUCUUUCUUUAUCUGAUCCAAAGCACUCACCACAAUGGCCGAGACAGCAGUGUCCCUGACUCCGACUCCUCUGUUGAAAGAUGAGCUCGACAUCGUCAUCCCUACCAUCAGAAACCUCGAUUUCUUGGAGAUGUGGAGGCCAUUCUUUCAGCCAUACCAUCUCAUCAUUGUCCAGGACGGUGACCCUUCAAAGACCAUUAAGGUCCCUGAAGGUUUCGACUAUGAGCUCCACAACAGGAAUGAUAUUAACAGGAUUCUUGGUCCCAAAGCUUCUUGUAUUUCCUUCAAGGACUCUGCUUGUAGGUGCUUUGGCUACUUGGUUUCUAAGAAGAAGUAUGUUUAUACCAUUGAUGAUGACUGCUUUGUUGCCAAAGAUCCUUCUGGCAAAGAUAUUAAUGCACUUGAGCAGCACAUAAAGAACCUUCUGAGUCCAUCCACUCCAUUUUUCUUCAACACCCUGUAUGACCCAUACCGAAAUGGCGCAGAUUUUGUCCGUGGGUAUCCGUUUAGCCUUCGUGAGGGUGUCCCCACAGCUGUAUCUCAUGGCCUUUGGCUCAACAUUCCAGAUUAUGAUGCCCCCACGCAGCUUGUCAAGCCUCUUGAGAGGAACACCAGGUAUGUGGAUGCUGUAAUGACAAUACCAAAGGGAACCUUGUUCCCCAUGUGUGGUAUGAAUCUGGCGUUCAACCGGGAAUUGAUUGGUCCUGCAAUGUACUUUGGUCUCAUGGGCGAUGGUCAGCCAAUUGGACGCUAUGAUGAUAUGUGGGCUGGCUGGUGCACUAAGGUUAUAUGUGACCACUUGGGUUUUGGAGUGAAGACAGGAUUGCCUUACAUCUAUCACAGCAAAGCAAGCAACCCAUUUGUGAACCUUAAAAAGGAAUACAAAGGAAUCUACUGGCAAGAAGAGCUGAUCCCCUUUUUCCAGUCUGCUGUCCUUCCAAAGGACUGUACCACUGUUCAGAAGUGCUACAUUGAACUAUCCAAGCAAGUUAGGGCAAAACUUGGUAAAGUUGAUGAAUACUUCAUCAAGCUAGCAGAUGCCAUGGUCACAUGGAUUGAAGCAUGGGAUGAGCUAAACUCAUCAGGGAAUUCUGGUGAAUUGGCCGAUGGUACUGGAAAAUCGAAUUCUUGAUAGCAGGAACGCUAUAGCAGGUAUCAGGUCAGAGAUGUUAUCAUCUCAUUAAUAGUCCCAGGCUUGAGCCCAUUUAACCAAGCUUUACUCUUUGAAGCUUGGAUUAAUUAUUUUGCAGGUGGAGUAAAAAGUUAAUAUUUAUCUGAUUAUUAUAAAUUUAGAAUGAUGCAUUUGUGUAUUGAAGUAGAUUUUGUUAUUAUUGUUGAUUUAUAUUAACAAUGAUUGGGUUGAUUGCUUUAAUGGCAGUAGUGUUUUGCUGGUUAAA